CGAAGAACAGACGCGCUGUUCUCGGUUGCUCUCUGUGGUCACGGUGGACGUUCGCCGUCUCCGCAGCCGUCUCACUGCCACGGCGCCUGGCCGCCCCUCGGUGGAUCCACAGCGUCGCCUUCACCAUGACGUCGAGCGAGGAGGAGGAGGGCACGCAAGAGGUGGAGCAGGUCACGCAGAGUUACCAGAGCCGCGCCCACAGGCUCGCCACCCUGUUCAUCAUGACGGCUGGUAGUGCCAAUGCGAGCCAGUUUCCCAUGAUGUUCAUCGUCUACGGAGGAGUGCCGUUCCUGCUGGCAUACCUGGCGUUUCUGGGUGCAGUGGCAUUUCCCCUCAUGCGCCUGGAGAGCAACUUGGGCCAGUUCGCCGGAGACGGAAACAGGGGCAUCUUCAGCACAGUUCCGCUCUUCAUCGGCCUGGGCUACACCAUGAGCCUGUACGCGAUCGUGCACAUGGUGGGUGACUCGGUGCCGGUGUCCGACCAGCUGCUCUACCUGCUGGACUCGCUGCACGAUGCCACGUGGAACGAUUGCCCGACCGGGCUGCUGCUCGCACCCAACCGCACCUGCUAUGUGCCCAGGCACGCGUUCUCGCUCUGCAGGAUUGCUCGCGCGCGGCUCAUGGAGGCGUUCCGGCGGCAGCCGCUCAGCCACGGCGUGCCGUCCGUGGCCGAAGGGCCGGACUUCUCCGUGGUGCUGGUGCCGCCAAAGGUCUACCGCCACGAGAUGGCCGGCUGUCUGCCCGCAGUGUACAACUACCUGCAGCCGUACCAGCCGUGCGUCUGCGAUACUCCUUGCUCGCUUUUAACUUUUUUUUUUUCGAGUCGCCGCCAUGCCGGCUGGUUCGAGGAUGGCUGGCCAGCGCUGAGCGAGAUCCGUGCAGAGCCCAUUCUCUCGCUGGCCGCUAUCUGGAUGGUGGUGUUCGCCCUCGCGCACCACGGCUUCACCACUGUCAAGCGGACAAUGUACGUGAUGGUGUUCGUGCACGUGUGCACCACCUUCCUGCUGCUUGUGCGCGGUGUCACCCUGCCUGGUGCCAUGAGCGGCCUCGGCAUGCUGCUCUACUCGGACUGGAGCUACGCCGUCAAUCUCGAGAUGUGGUCCAACGCGCUGUACGUGUCCCUUGAGAGCGUCGGUGUCACCGGCUCCAUAUACCUGGGCAUCGUUCGGUUCAACAACUUCAAGAACGACUAUCACCGGGUCAACUGUAGACCGCUGGAAGAGGCCUGCGUCGUGCAGUGUACAGAAAAUGUGCUGAUGACGUAG